UCGGCGACCGCAAGGCUGAGCAACAAGUCGCAACCGGUCUGCAGAAUUUCCCGUUGCACGGUAAUGAGCAGCGCUGGUGCCCUUCAAGAGCGAAGCACUCUCGGAUUGUGAUCCUGUGAUGUUUAUAUGCGGUAAUCACAUGUGAAUGUACACGCGGAACCCGAUGGAGAAACACAUCAGCUGUGUUUGUCAUGAAAUGACGGACUGGAGUUCGUUUUGAAGAUCAUAAUGACGGGGCUCAUUGAUCAGGGUGACGACAUGGGCCUGGUGACGCCGAUAGAGCUGACGGACCCUCAGAAAGACGACGACCCCCAGUGUCCCGCACACUUCAGACAGAGUCUCAUGCUUCAGCUCAUAGAUGAUCUGUCAUAUGAGGAUGUGAAGAAAUGUUACAGGGGAUCAACCGUCAGCAAAUACAACUCACAGUACCACAAGCUCUUCUCGGCCGUCCCGAAGGAGGAGAUCCUCAUGAAAGUUUAUUCUUGCGCUCUUCUGCGGGACAUUCUGCUGCAAGGACGGCUUUACAUUUCUCGAAACUGGCUGUGCUUCUACGCAAACCUUUUCGGGAAAGAUAUCAAGGUCGCCAUCCCGGUGGUGUCUGUGCGGCUGGUGAAGAAACACAAAACGGCCGGACUGGUGCCGAACGGACUGGCCAUCACCACUGACACCAGCCAGAAGUAUGUGUUUGUGUCUCUGCUGUCGCGGGACAGUGUGUACGACGUGCUGAGGAGAAUCUGCACACACCUACAGGUGAAUGGGAAGAAGAGUUUAAGUCUGAAGCAGUACCUGGAGGAGCCUGGCUCUCUGUCAACGGAUGAGUUUCCAGUUUCCACUGAUUUCACUCCGGUGUUGAAAUGGCGCAGGAAACCGUCGGCUCCGUCCGUAUCGUCAUCGCUGCCCGACCUGCUGGGAAACUCCACGAGCAGCCUGAGCGCAGGAGACGCGCCGUACACCGCAGAGACGCCGCUGGAGGAGAGACGACUGGAGGCCGAGAAGAUCCUGCUGACUGAACCCGUGUCUGAACUGGGUCACAUGGAGUAUCAUCUGCUCAAGUUCUUCAUACUGCUCAUUAUUUUGCUCAUCAUUUCAUCGUGUUAUCUGGCGUUUCGGGUCUGCAGUCUGGAACAGCAGCUGUCCUUCCUCAACACACAACCGUCGAUGAGCAUGAGAGAGAGGUAACCCUGGUUAAAGCCCGUGCCAACACUGAAACCGGCUUUGCCAUCAGGAGAGCAGCGUCUGUAGACGAUUAAACCAGCUCAGUUACAGGUACAACACUAGUCAAGUAGUUAGCUAACCGACCAGCAGAGGGUGACGACGACGUUCAGCCUCGCCGCGAGACCCGGACGAUCAACUGGAAGAUUCCUGACAUGAGGAAUAUUAGCCAGCUCCGCAUCUAGGAAAUAUCCAGGAUUCAGGAUCACGCUGACGACUGUUACGAAGACCGUUCUGCUGUUACUGUACUCAAACGUUAAGAGACGGCUGGAUAGUUUCACUUUUUUAACUCUUUCUAUGUUUGUCUGUUGUUUUUCUCUUAACCAACCUGAAAUGUGCAUGUUUACCAGUGUUUCAUGCACUGCUAAAAAAUCAUCUUGAGUACUUUUGUCUUGUUUACUGGUAAACUAUUAAAAUCACAAAACAAGUAUAAAUUAUAUAUUUAUACUUAUUUGGUGAUUUAGUAAAAUAUAUAAAAAUAUUUUUUAAUUAUAAUAUAUAUAAUAUUUAAUUUCCAAAUGAGUAGAAAUUAUAUAUAAUAAAUAAUUAUAUUUUGUUUAAUAUUUUUUAAAAUUCUUAUUUUAAAUUAUUUCUGGAGGAUCAUGUGACACUGAAGACUGGAAUAAUGAUGCUGAAAAUUCAGCUUUGCAUCACAGGAAUAAAUUAUAUUUUAAAAUAUAUUCACAUAGAAAACGUCUAUUUUAAAUUGCAAUAAUUUUUCACAAUAUUACUGUUUUUAUUGGCAAACAAGACAAAAUACUGAUUAAGAAAUUAUUUUUGAACAGUGCAAAACAUGUUCUAAGUUUCCUUGUAAAUAAGUAAGAAAGGCAGCGACUGUUUGAGAUUCUCACACAUUUCACUUACAGCAUUUCAAGGUCAUAAUCGAUCACAAAUAACUGCAGUGAAGGUCAAAGUCAAGUUACUCUGAGAGCGUUUGGUUGUCGUCGUUAGAGCGCUGAAGGACGUGUGUUAUUGGAGCCUGUCGUAUAAUGUAUGCCUGUAAUCGUCAAAUCUCUUUUAUUUGUGAUGUAUUAAAGUGCAUUGUAGGAGGCGUCUGUAGGUCGUUACGUACUUGAAAUCUACGCUUGCAUUUCAGGCAUGCAGAACAUGAUGUAGGAAAUUGAUAUUUAAUACUUUGAUCGUUUAGGUUUGCUGUAAAUGAGAGAUUCGGUAUGUAGUCGUGAUGUUUUGUACAUAUUGAAUGUCAAAGUUAUUGUCAUGCUCAUGAUUUUGGCCACGCUGUAGUAACUGUAGAUGUUUUGUAACUUUCUGACAUGAAAAGACGAGAGGUAGAAAGUUCAAACUAAUAAAAACUUUCACCAGA